UUUAUGUCGAGACAGAGGGGGAGGAGGUGUUUUGCUUUUCUUCUUCUUCUUCUUCCCCUUUCAUCACUACUACUUUUUUGCAUCUUUCUUCUUUUGCGUGCAUCAAAACAGACACCACACUAUCGCUCAAUACACACGUCCGGAAAGGGGGGGGAAACGAACGCAUUACGACGACUUUAGCAGCUUUAUUUCCCCUUUUCUGUUAUUUUUUCUCUUUCUUCCUUUUCUUCAAUACACAGUAUCAUUCAUCAGUAAUAUAUCUAUUGUACAUAUUCAGCAAACGCACUGCAUUUACAGCCCUGCUCCCUCCGCUCGACCACCUAUCUCCACCCAUCCAAUAACAUCGGCAUGCAACAGAAGAAAAUGGCUGUAUCCACACCAACAUAUCCGAGCUCGAUCCACGAUUCACCUACGCUGCUACCAGAAAAUCUCGCGAGCUUCGUCACAGCCGCCUCCUUGGCUGCACGACUGUCGCUACGUUGCUCGUCUGUAUUUGCCGAAGCUCUGUUUGAGGCUGCAAAGUAUGGCACUGUUCUGUCGCUGGGCAUCUCGCGACAGGCCUUGACCAAUGCUCUUGCCACAGCGAAGCGGUUACACACACUGACCUAUCCCAAUUCCUGCGACGAAUCCAUUUCCGAUGCAGACAGAAACGGAUUUCUGCGGAUACUGGACAAGUAUACCAACCUUGGAAUAUACAUUGUGCACAACACUUUUACACUUGCCGAAUUGUUUGCCUUGUCAGGUCUGCAGCUGACAUCUCAGACGGUCAAGUCCGGUUUUAAGACAGCAGAAGAGUCUGUUCGCAUUAUCGACGGUAUUUUUGGAUCCAACGAAACGUCAAGGGCGAUCGCCUCCAUCAUUACUCUUGUGCAUAAGGAACUCAUGCUGGAUCCAGAGUUUGAGCUCGCACAGACCGGCAAGGUAACCAUGCUUGCAGGGCUGACCAAAGCCAUGACCGCAUUUGCAGUGCUACAGUAUGUCACGCACAAACGCAUGAUGAAGCAGACCAAGUUCACAGUCCUUUGGGAAGGCCUUGUGCUCGAAGAAGGCGACAGCAACAGCGAUGAUAAUGAUGAUGAUCCAUCAGCAGCCAGACAUGGCGAAAGAAAUAACCAGCAUGCUUUGGUGCAUUCCGUGAGACCAUCUAAAGACGUUAUUCGAGAGUUAGAGCAGGUACUAGUACAGAGCAUGGAUGAUACCAUGUACGAAAUAACCACGACAACGCAGCGCACCAUGACAACAACCACGCGGAUUCAGCCUGUAGCUAAGGAGCCAACGGAUGCUAAAUAUGUCGUCGUUCGCUCCGACGAGGAAAGUCAGCAGGCCUUUAUGGCCGCUGUGGAUCGAUCUAAUGCGGCGCCAGUCAACAGUCGCGAACGGCAGCUUGUUCUUGCUACACCACGGAGGUCUGAUUCGGGCUAUGCUGAAGAAGACGACCAACCUAUUAAAGAGUCCGAACAACACCCCCGACAACGACAGCAACAACCCGUCAAUGUGGUUGUAUCAGCUCUUUCACAGAAAAUGACUCGCAAGUCCAUGGAUCGACAAGAAAAGUUCGGCGAAAAAGAACGGAAUUUGAUUGCUGGCUCAAUCAUUGCAGCAGCAGCAGACGAACGACCCGUCAAGAGGCGGAAUAGCGUGUUCCACAAAGGCACUCAGAUGCUGGCACUACAGGCGCAGAAAUGUGCAGAUGCCAAUAGUAACAGAAAGCGCAUCAUCCGACAACGACGUUCGUCCACGGGCAACGUUAUAACUAUACCUUCCCUCAGCCCUAUCUGCAACAACAACAACAACGAAGCAUCACCGCCAACAUCACGUAUAUACCGCUCCCAUUCUAUAUCCAGCAGCACCACUUUUGCCACGUUCACAGCAUCAUCAUCACCGCCACCAUCCGCCUCUAAGAACGAUGUCAACAACAACACCUCACCUAAAGCACUUCCUAAUACCACUACGAAUAUUACAACUCAUAUUAAUCUCUUAACUACUACGACCGGUCCUCAGUUUCCACAUCAUCAUCUCGUCAGUAACAUUGCACGGUUUAUGCGCUACGCCAGUGCAGCUUACGGCGAGACGUUCAUGCGUAUUCUCGGCAUCGGCAAGAUACCCAGCGCGGUACCAUCCGCGCACCACUCCAAUCACCACUCCUUUGUCCAUCAUACAGGUCUUGCACUCGAAGACAUCCUUUUAUCCAGCUACACUGAUCGCUCGUUUUUGACCAUGCAUCAUCCAUCCAUACACGAACUCGUCCAUUACGUCACUGCUGACCAUGCUGCACAGGCGAUUGUCUUAACGUGUCGCGGUACAUUGGGCUUAAGCGACGUACUGACGGAUCUUACGUGCGGUUACUCUGAAGUAGAUCUACCUGGCAUCGACAGCAACAAUUUCAAGGCACACGGAGGCAUGCUUGAAGCGGCACAGAUGCUUGCCAAGGAAAAGGGCAAGGUCUUCCGCGCCAUCCUCGAAGGUCUUGAGCGCUACCCGGACUAUGGUCUUGUUUUAUGUGGUCACUCACUCGGCGGCGGUGUCGCAGCACUCGUCAGUCUACUCUGGAGCGAAAAGGACAAACAGGGUAAUUUUGUCUUGUCGCCAACAUCAGGUCUUGGAUCCGGACGCCCGAUCCACUGCUACGUUUAUGGUCCACCAUGCGUCAUGUCGCUCGAAUUGAGCCUGUAUUGCUGCGGCUUAGUAACCAGUGUCGUUCAUCGAUAUGACAUUGUCAGCUCUCUCAGUCUCGGACUGCUCAAAGACUUCAAGAACGUCGCAGUAAGCCUGCACACAGAAGCCGAGGUAGCGGACCAGAUCCUCAGCAAAGUGAUCAAUCGAUACCGCACGUCUACGGUAGAUGAUAGCGAAGACGAUUGGUUCUGGGCAUUAAUCAAGACGAUGCGCGCUGAUAUGCGAGCCGAAAAGUUGUACCCGCCUAGCACGGUAUAUACCAUCGAGCUGAUUCCAUCACGGCAUAAGCAAUAUCGUGCGGUACUGAGCCGUUGUGACGAUAUCCAAGCGCGGUUUUCAGAAAUUCUGUUCUCGCGUACUAUGUUCAUGGAUCACUCGCCGACCAAUUAUGAAAGAGUUAUUAGACAGCUGUGUAAAGGCUUUUUUGGCCAGGAUGGUGCUUACGAGCAUCUGUAAAGUGUAAAUAAAGUAAAAUUUGUUGUGUUUUUUUAA